AUGGCAAUUGGGUUCAUGGAGGUGCAGCUUGUGAAAGCAAAAGGCCUGCGCAACACUGACAUCUUUGGUAAAAUGGACCCCUACGUUCUCAUACAAUACAAAGGCCAAGAGCGAAAGAGUAGUGUCGCUAAUGGCCAAGGCAAAAAUCCAGUAUGGAAUGAGAAAUUUAUCUUCAGAGUAGAAUAUCCUGGAUCAGGAGAUCGAAACAAGCUUAUCCUUAAAAUUAUGGACAAAGACAGUUUUUCUGCAGAUGAUUUUGUUGGACAAGCCACAAUCUAUGUAGGGGAUUUAUUAGCCCAAGGGGUAGAGAAUGGAGGAGCUAAGCUACAAACUCUUAAGUAUAGAGUGGUUCGUGCAAACCAGUCUUAUUGUGGCGAAAUUGAUGUUGGUAUCACUUUCACCCGAAAGGUAGAAGACGAAUUUAUUAAAGAAGACAUGGGAGGAUGGAAAGAAAGUGAUUACUAUCUGUCAUAG